AUGGAUGAGCUCCCGGCAGUACUGUGGUCAUAUCGUACCACAACAAGGUCAAGCACAGGAGAAAUGCCAUUUAGCCUAACUUAUGGGAUGGAUGCAGUCCUCCCAUUGGAAAUAGUGGCCGGCUCCCUGCGAACAGAGAGUUUCGAGGAAACGGCUAAUGAAGAAGGGCGACACCAAGACGUGGACAUGCUCAAUGAAAAACGUGAGGCGGCACAGAUGCGCCAAGCAUUGUACAAAUCACGAACUAAGAACUAUUACAACCGCCAAGUCCGGGUUAAGAACUUCAAGGUUGGGAAAUGGAUGCUAAGAAAGAACGAGUCCAGUAAUGCUGAACCACUAGGAAAACUCAGUGUCAAUUGGGAAGGACCAUACAAAAUUGUGGAAUCCCAUAAGAAUGGUGCUUAUGUCCUAGAAGCUCUAGACGGGCGUGCCAUUCCAUGA